AUGGAUUCACAACAGGAAAUAAUUUUAACUGUGUUCGGAGCGUCAUUCUGUCUAAUGAUCAUAAUUGUUAUCUUGAUUAUUCUCUACUGUGCUUCAUUGUCAGCAGAAGCUAAAGCAGAAGCACGUGACAAAGCUGCAAAACCACAAUUGAGACAUUCACAGAGACAUCAGAAUUCAUCAAAUACAGGGGACAAAAAUUAUCGGUUUAUCGAGGAAUAUCGGCUUAUCGAAGUAACGGCUUAUCAAAGUUCCACUGUACUGAAAUUAUUCGACUUUCAACCGGCUGGUAUGCAAAUAUUGAGAAUGAAACAUCCUGACCCUGAAUAUAAGUCAUGUGAUUUGUAA